UUCCCUUCCCCUGGCCCCUCUCCACCUUUUCCAUGGCGACACCGGGUGGUGUGAUCCGCGCCCUGCACCGCGGGACCAUCGGCCAGAGUGGUGUCAUGGAUCGGAUUUUCUCUGGUAUUCAGCCAACUGGGACACCUCAUCUGGGCAACUACCUUGGAGCCAUCCAAAAUUGGGUGAAGCUGCAGGAAGAAUCCAGUUCAGUGCUAUAUAGCAUAAUGGACAUGCACUCUCUCACUAUGCCCAAGGAGCCGUCUGUUCUGCGCCAGAACAUCCUGGACACCACUGCUGCCGUCCUUGCCUGUGGUAUUGACCCUAAGAAGUGUUUCCUGUUCCGACAGUCGCUGGUCCCUGAGCAUGCAGAACUUGCCUGGAUUCUUGGGUGCAUUACUAAUGUGCCACGUUUACUACGCUUACCGCAGUGGAAGAUGAAGUGUGCCAGCCAGAAUAAUGAAGGAACCGUUGGUUUGUUGACCUACCCUGUGCUUCAAGCAGCAGAUAUUUUGCUGUACAAGUCAACACGUGUUCCUGUUGGAGAAGAUCAAGUCCUGCACCUGGAACUAGCCCAAGAUAUAGCACAACAUUUCAACAAGAAAUAUGGAGAAUUCUUUCCUAUACCCAAAGCCAUUUUAAGUACAACAAAGAAGAUAAAGUCCCUCAGAGAUCCAGCAGUGAAGAUGUCUAAGUCAGACUCACAGAAACUAGCUACAGUUAAUGUAGCAGACAGUCCUGAGGAGAUAGUGCUGAAAUUUCGCAAGGCUGUGACUGACUUUACCUCUGAAGUGACCUACAAUCCAGAGAGUCGCCCUGGUGUCUCCAAUCUGGUGUCCAUUCAUGCCGCGGUAACAGGACUUAGUAUAAAAGAAGUGCUGCAGCAAUCUGCUGGUCUUGACACUGCUCGCUACAAAAUUGUAGUAGCAGAGUCGGUUAUUCAAAAAUUUGCACCUAUCAGAAGUGAAAUCAAGAAACUUCAGGAAGACAAAUACCAUUUGAUAAAGGUUUUAGAGGAUGGAGCAGAGAAAGCCAAAGAACUAGCUGCCCCAAUCUACCAAGAAAUAAGGAGACUGGUGGGAUUUCAGUAGAAACUGCUAAAUAGCCCAAAGAACUUCU